AUGAUUAGCACUAGUACUAAUUUCACAGGAGAUAAUAAAGAAGAGGGUGCCGACUCCAGCGUACCUAGUUUUACAAUGUCACAACUGGAACAAUUGUCCAAUACAAAUAUAUUAACUAUAAGGCUAGCAAGCAAACAAAAUUCAACAUCAAGCAUUUCAAUCAUAACUAAUACCAUUAAUAAAAUAGCUAUUUCAUUAAGUAGCACCGUACCCCCUUCAUCUUUUUCUCAAAUAAACAGUGAUAUAAUUGAAAAAUAUCAAUAUUGGCCUCAAGAGAAAAGAUUGCACUUUAUAAAAGACCAGUCCAAUUGUUUAAGUUUUGAAAUGGGUGACGUUGAAUAUAAAAAUAACUUUUUAAAUGAUCCAACUUUGUUAUCCACUGUAAACUUUACCAAAAUUUAUCAGUUUCAGUUCAAAAAUUUGCUAGAUUUACAAAAAAUGAGGGAUGAUGUUUAUAAUAAACUAAUCCAAUAUAACGAUAAAAUAUAUUAUGCCAUUUCCUUUAACCCAUAUGCAUUAACACAUCCCGGAAAUUUGUAUAUCAGAGGACUACCAUUAAAUUUAAAGGUACAUGACAUCCAGCCUAUUUUUGCAAAUUUCGGCCAUGUUUUAAACUUGAAAAUUAUCCAUGAUAAGAAAUCGGGCCAAUCGUUAGGUUAUGGGUUUGUUAGUUAUUCCUUGGGCAGCGAAGCUGCUGAAUGUGUUAAAAAAUUAAAUGGAAAGUAUAUGAAUGGUUCAUUGCUGUUUAUUAAUUACCAUGUUGAGAGAAAAGAAAGAGAAAGAUUGCAUUUGGAUCAACUUAAGGAGGGGAAUGACGACACAAAAUUCAGAGGUGUUUUCAUUGGAAAUUUGCCAAUAACGAGUACCAAUACUAUUGUCGAUACUUACGAUACUACAGCCAACGAAGUUAAAAAUUACAUAACCCCAAUCCAAGUAGUUAAGAGGAUAAUAGACGUUUUAACAAAAAAAAAUAUUAAGCAAAAAAUCGAGAUUGUUUCGUUUUACUUUCCGAAACACAAUUCUCAAACAAACAUAACAUAUCAUGAUACAGAGGAAGACGAAGAAUAUUCCGUUGAUUCAAGUCAACAAGAGGAGGGCGAACUAUCCAAAAAUGCGGAAACUUGUGAUAAUCGUGAUGAAAUCAGUCCCUUAAAGGGCUAUGGCUUUAUGAAAUUUAAAACGCAUGCCCAGGCCUUAAAAGUGGUUGAGUUGCUCAAUGGGUACGAAUGGUUACAACACAAAUUGGUAGUUAACAAAGCUAUCCAAAAUACAUCGCCUAGUGCUACAGUUCGUUCGCCACAACCGCCCAGUGCGAUCAAAAGUAAUUCUAACAUAUCUAUACCUAUUAAUAAUGGUAUUGCUAAUACUGAUAUGCAUAAUGAAAGCAAUAACGUUAAAAUGGCUUCAACGAGUAUUUUCCAAAGUUCACCGCCUAUACUGCCGCAUCCAACAAUACCCUUUCAAUAUAUUAGCACGACACUACCUCAGACACCAGUGCCUAAUUUUAGAGGUACUUCACUGCCAGUGUUUAUUCCUCGAGCACCAUUAGAACAAUUAACACCGAUCACACUGAGUCCUGGUAAUAGUCAGAAUAAUGAUAUCACGACCACCACUCCUGUUGCAAAUUAUAAUAAUAUCAAUAUCAAUACUAAUAAUACCAAUGGUAAUGUCAACACUAACAAUACUCAACAACCUAUUAUUUUGCCAUUAACUUUGCCUAUUCCCACGAGGGAUCAACAGGAAUCGAAUUUGUACAUUAAACAUUUGCCGUUGGAGUGGACAGAUGAUGAUUUAAUUGAAUUAUAUAAAAGAUUUGGCGAGAUUAUAAGCGCCAAAGUUAUUACUGUUGGUGGUAGCAAAAAAAAUUCGAAUGAAGCCGUAACAACGCAUCAACAGGAUGAUGGUGGUGAAGGGGUUAACGCCAAUGAUACAUUAGCGGAAAACACUAUGCAGUAUUAUGAGGAGAAUACAAGCAACCACGAUAAUAACAACGGAUUACCCAUAGGUGCAUCUAAAGGAUAUGCAUUUGUAUGUUUCAAAAACCCAUUGGAUGCAAGUAGAGCCAUGCUAGAAACGAACAAUUUGAGAGUAGAUGAUAACCACGUACUGUAUGUCUCGUUUGCUGCAAAAAGAACAAAUAAUAAUAGUAACGCUGGUAAUGAUAAUAGUGCUGACAAUAUUUCUACGACAAGGAGAAGAUAUUCAUCUGCAACGCAUACGAAUCAGAAUGUACAUGCCAUACCAUACUAUCAAAGGUAUAUUGGCAAGAGCAAUAGUAUAAACGGUAUAAAUAAUAUUCAUAACAAUAGUUAUAACCAUAACAAUAACAAUUAUGCGUACGGCAAUUUUAAUCCAAAAUUUUUACAAGCGAUGUACUAUUCACAAACACAAGCGAUUCCCACUCCAUUACAAAUUAACCAUCAUGUAUAUCCUACACUUAUAACGCCUAGCUCUCCUUCAACUAAUUCGAUCAGUAGUAGUGUUGGCAGCGAUAGCAGUACUAAUAGUAGCAUUAAUACUUCGGCAAGUGGCACCAACAAUAAUAUAAAUCAUAGGGUUAGCAAUGGUAUUGCCAACAUUAAUAUAGGGUCAUCAUCUCCUCCGUUACAGAUGCCUUCUUAUUUUGUUAAUCAAUAUCCGAUUAUGCCUAGUACUAUUAUUAAUACACCUAUUAUGCCAAGUAAGAGUGUUAACGUUAGCAGUAGCGAUAAUGCCAUUGACCCGAAAUUGAACUAUAAUAAUAACAGUAGUGCAUCUAACAAAAAGAAAGAAGUAAAGUAG